AUGGCCGUGGUCGUUGCUCACGCCAAGGCUGCCGUUGUCGCAACGACUCCUGUUGAUCAGAGUGACGAUGAGGUUACACAGAUCUGGCAGGAGGUGCAGGCUAUGGUGAUACGAAUGGCGGGAGGAGAUCCCAACAAGAUUGACAAACAACUCGACAUCGACGGAGUCCUACGACAUCUGGAGCAAGUGCAAGCCAAAGACCAGAAGGCUGCAGAGAAGCACGCUGCUGUCAAGGACACUUUCAGCAAGACACUUCAAGUUAUUUCAAAGGUUGGCAGCUUAGUUGCCGACGGCGUUUCCAAUGCUUUCGGUCCCGCGAAUCAGUGCUUCAACGCGCUGAACUUUGUUAUCGUGGCAUGGCAAUCGUACUCAGAGGCGUUUGAAAGUCUUGCAGCACUCCUCGAAAAGUGCGCCGAGUUCUUUGAGCGAUUUACCUACUACACGAACAGAGAUACGUCUCUCAGGAAAGUCAUCUGUUGCCAAUUCAGAUUGUUCAUCAGAGUAUGCGACAAGUCACUUCAACUAGGGAAGAAGAGGUACAAGAUCAAGAUGUUCUUCAGUCGCAUGUUCCUGGAUGAUGAUGACAUCAAAGGGCUGCUGAGCGAGAUGGAGAACCUCAACGCACGGGAACACGGUCUUGUAUCUGCACAGACAUUCAAGAUCAGCCAAGACGCCGCAAAAGCCAGCCAAGAGGCUGCCAAGACAUCGAAGGAUAGUUCAAUGAAACUCGACACGCUGGUUGAGCAGAACACUGCCAACAAGAAGGAGAAGACGGAGCAGAAGUUCAAGGACAGAGUGGAAAAGGCUUUCUUCGGAAAGAAUUCCAAAGAGGUGCUUGACAGGGGAGAAGACCUACGCAAAUAUGGCGCGAGCCGAAUAGAGGGCACGGGGAAGUGGCUUGACAUCGAUCCUCUGUUCACAGCUUGGAUGACUGGCGAUGAUACUACUGAUCCUAUCUUGGGCAUUGAGGGGCCCAAAGGUUCAGGAAAGACAUACGUGGUCACACACAUUAUUGAUCGGCUCCAGAAGCAGAAAACAGUAGGUGGCUCUGGCACGAGAUCAGCCGUAGCGCAUUACUUUCUGGAGGCAGAUGCCAAGGAAGAUGUCGCAGCAGGGUUCAGAAGGAAGCAUGUAAUUGCGUGUCGUGCUUCGAAGAGCCUGUUGUGGCAGCUUGCUCAGGAGGAGACGCCGUUUCUCAAAUCAAUUGCUGGUCUCUGCGACGCCGACAAAGUCGACCUAGAUGACCCAGUUGCCAUUUGGAGACAAUUCCUUCUUGAUAAUGAUGAUCGGAGCACUAUCGACAGCACGUUCUUCGUUGUUCUGGAUGGUCUUGGAGAGAACUUGGACGCCCUCACAAAUUUGUUCAAGAUGCUCUCCGGUGACCAAGCACGUCUUCGCACUAGAGUCUUAGUGACCGGCACUUCGUCGACGUUUGAGCAACUCGAAAAGGAAGAUGACAUUCGGAUGAAAAAGCUACGGCUUGAAACGCGCAAUGCUGAGGAUAUCAAGCUUUACAUAGAGGCUCGGAUGAACCACAUGGAUAUCCUUAGCGACACAACGCGACCGGGAGUGCCCGACGUGAGGAAGCGGGUUCUGGAGGCACUCGAAAGCUCCACCAAUGGCGAUUACACGAUUGCAGUUGCAGCUUUGGACAAUAUCGAACGCGUUGAUUCGCUCGAGGAGGUGGAAGAUUGUUUGAAGAGGGCCAGCGGAGCAAGAUCGAACCAAGUUCUAGAGGACAUUCAGAGGUUCAAUCAGAUCAUGAAGCCCAAGGAGAUUGAGGAGAUCAAUGAGAUCAUCCUUUGGGUAAAAUGGGGGAUUCGUUGGAUGACAUCUAACCAGAUCGAGGCCGCUCUGGAGCUCAAGACCGACCACGACACAGAUGGACGUCAAACCUCUCUUCGGUCCUUGCAGUCCAAGAUUGAGAAGAAGUACAACGAACUGUUUUAUGCUGAUAGCGAAGGCUUGAUCGACUUCAAAAGGCCUGAGAUGUGGGACAACAUCCCGCAACACAACAAUGCCGAUCCAAUCUUACCAGAAGAACUCAACAUUGUUCAACAUUACCUCUCGACGGUUUGCCCCAAGAAUUUCUAUGACAAAUUUGGCUUCAAGGAGUUUUUUGAACGAAGAAUAGAACGAAAGGAGAACUCCAUCUGUCAGGACCCAGACAAUGCUGAACUCAAGCUCGCCCUAAGAUGUCUUCGCUGCCUCAUUGAGGAACAAACAGCCAAGAGCAAACUUCUUCGCUCAUACGCAGCCGAUUGUCUUUAUCAACACUUGGAUAGCACCAAUUUGUCCCUUGCGGAUCGCAAGCUCAAGGCGGAGGCUGGAACCCUGCUGGUUCGGCUUUUCACCGAAGAGGCUGCGAUUGAUGCCCUUCUCUCCCGGGACUACGGACGGGAUUGGGAGACUGAGGGCGCUAUCGAUGCCAAAGCUCUUCCUAGCAAUUGGGAACCUUGGGUGUUCUCUGACCUAGGCAACAAGCUUUUGACAAAAUGGUCCCAAGACUCCUCGGUCCUGGAGCACCUCGACAAUAAAAGGAUCCUGGAAAACAUCAUCAGCCGCGAGAAAAGUGACCAGUACUGGUAUGAGAAGGCGGCAAUGAUCGCAGCGAGAAGGCUUCUGAAGCCGGAAGAUCGAGGAAGAGAGCUAUCAGAUGCUUUUACACUGCUUUACGGACUAAUCAAGCGAGACGAAUUCAAAGUUGAAGAAAGUCAACUCUGGUUUCCCACUCUGGAGCAUGUCAACGCCGUUGAAACAUGGGCACGGAACAGAUUGGGUUUCGAGGAGAACGACGCUCUAUGGCAGAGUCAAAUGGUGAAGCUCCUUUACUACUUAUCAAACGACACUACUAUCAAGAAAAAGGAUGUCGUGGACAGAGCGGAACGAGCCAUUCAGCUUCAUUCGGAUGAUUGGAUGUCCUCGUUCUACUUAGCUCGAGUCCUCGACUUGCCAGAGGAGGCUUCCGAAAGCAUUGAAAUCCUUGAAAGAGUAAAGGACCAGUUGAAGGGAGUCAAAGACGACCCCGUGUGGCGCUCGACUGCCAGAAACCAGAAAAAUUAUGCCGAUAUUAUCCAUACACUCGGUGACCGUUACUGGAGUCUGGGGACUGAUGAAAACACCGAAAAGGCCGUCUCCUUAUACUUCAAGGCCGUGGAAGAGAAUCAUCCUUGGCCUGCCACCUGCGCGUGGCUCAUUGUGUUCGGCUUUGGCGACCGAGGCCUCUGGACUGAAAUUGUGGACUACUGCGAGAAACUGCUGAAAAUUCCAGAUGAAGAUGUCACGGUUGGUGGCAAGGUAGCUUUCCUAGGAAGCAAAAACUACGAAAGGUUAUUCUGGGACACAAUCAGACGAGCAUGCGAUGAGACAGACCGUUGGAAUGUGCUCCAGGCGAUGUGGGAGGCAGGCGAUAAAAGAGUCAAGAACACGCCCUACCAGUCUUCCUGGAAAGCCAAGAUGAACGCCUGGUAUAGGAUCUCCAUGGCUCGAAGGCCUGGCUACAAGAAUGCUGGCAUUGGGGUGAUAGAGGGAAUGCUGACAGAAGAUUGGGUCAGAGACCAGGACGCGGACAUCCUGAAUGAACUGACACUAUUCAUUCUGCCUAUCUACACCAGACGGGCUUUCAAAUCAGACUCGACACCAGAGGCCGUCAACGCUGCCCUUAAGAAGGCAGUGGACUUGCACGAUAUUUUCAAGAAGGGUCAGAGCAGUUGCUAUUGGAUGCCGAGUUUAAGAUUUGCGCGAUUUUUCCAUCUCAAGGGCGACGACAUGCCCGGCAAAAGGCUGCUCAGUCAGGGAGUUGCACGAAUGAUUGAAAUGUUGUCGGACGACGACGUGGAGAACGACUGGUACUCCUUUUCGGUUCUGGCUCAGGUUUUCGCGGCCUUCGGGGAGACGGCCAAUAUGAUAGCGUGCUGGGAGAUGAUGGCAGUGUCAAGAAUUGCUGAAGUCGCAGAAUACGAGCGGAAGCUGGCUCUUUACCAGGCUAGCAUCACGGAUGAAGCUACUGCGGUGCGGACUUCGGAGGAUGCGGCAUCUGCCGCAGGUGAGACACACGGCGCCAGUACUCAGGAGGCGUCUGGCGCUGAGGCUCCAGUAACGACGGAGGAGCCGGUAACAAACCCAGAGGACAACGAUGAGAACCCGCCCGAGAACCCACAGCCGACUUCUCAGGACAAUUCUACCGACGUCGAUGGAGAGGAUCAUCCCGAUCACGUCAAAGGAGAUGUGGAGGAGGAGGGGGAGUCAGCAAACGAGGACUUAGAGAAAACGCCUGUCGCCAAGCCAGAAGAGCCUAACCGCUCCAUCGGCGCGUGCCACGGAUACUGCGACGUUAUAACGACGAUUCCGAAUGGAAUAUGGUAUUGCGUGGAGUGUUGUGGUCAGGUAUGGCUGGAUGAAGGUUGCUACACCAAGGCUGGUGCCAAGGCAGUUAGGGAUCUUAUGUGCAGCAAAGACCACACGUUCAUCCCGCUACCCCCCUGCGAUGAGGCUACAAUCAGAGCCAUUCCUUCUGGCUUCAUAAGAGUCGAAGGAAAGCAUGUGAAGAUGGAGGAUUGGAAGGCAGAGGUGAAGGCUAACUACGUUGAUUGCGUGGAGGCUGAGACACCUGAAGGGUCGGAGACGGCGGAAUAG